AUGGCGGCCCUGGUGCUGCCGCCGGUGCUGCUGCUGGUGGCGGGGGUCGAGCUGCGGUCGGCGGCUCUGGAGCCGGUCAGCCUCAGCCUGGCCAUCGGGGUGGCCUCCGUGCUGACCGGCUACCUCUCCUUGGCCCCCUUCUACUGCGCCCUCCUGGAGUGCUGCCCCGACGACGACUCCCGCCCCGACGCCGCCGCCCUGCAGCUAACCCUGGAUGAGAAGCUGUUUGGGCAGCACUUGGCCAAAGAAGUCAUCCUGAGAGCCGUGACCAGCUUCAUCAACAACCCCAACCCGAAGAAGCCCCUGGCCCUCUCGUUGCACGGCUGGGCCGGGACGGGCAAAAACUUCGUCAGCCAGAUCAUCGCCGAGAACCUUUACGAAGCCGGGAUGAGGAGCAAAUUCGUCCACCUUUUCAUUUCCACACUGCACUUCCCACACAAGCAUCAAGUCCAACUGUACAAGGACCAGCUGCAGAAAUGGAUCCGGGGGAACGUUAGCGCUUGUGCGAAGUCCGUCUUCAUCUUUGACGAAAUGGAUAAGUUGCACCCAGGGCUGAUUGACGCCAUCAAGCCCUUCCUUGAUUACUACGAGCAGGUCGACGGCGUGUCGUAUCGGAGAGCCAUCUUCAUUUUCCUCAGUAACGCAGGAGGCAACUUAAUCAUGAAAGUCGCACUCGAUUUUUGGAGGAGCGGCCGGCUGAGGGAAGAGAUCCGGCUGCAAGAUUUGGAUGAGGCCUUGUCCUUGGGGGUUUUCAACAACAGGAACAGCGGCCUGUGGCACAGCAGCCUGAUCGACCGAAACCUGAUCGAUUACUUCGUGCCUUUCCUUCCCCUGGAGUACCAGCACGUGAAGAUGUGCAUCCGGGCAGAAAUGAUGUCCCGUGGCCACCUGAUCGACGAAGAUACGGUCUGGAAGGUGGCAAACGAGAUGACCUUUUUCUCCACAGAUGAGAUGGUUUACUCAGACAAAGGGUGCAAAACCGUGCAGACCAAGCUGGACUUCUAUUAAGGGCCGCGUGGAUGGAGUUCUGUUUUUGGCAGCCCUCGUUUUUAGGGUACUGAAAGUGGGGGAGAAAGUCUUUGCGGCCUUUCCCGCCGACGCACUUUUUUUUCUAGGCAGUCUCUGCACUUUUAAAAAUGUUUGGAGAGAUUCUUCACAGCCACCGGGGGCUUUAGGGGCACCGUUCCCUUCUCCCCAGGUGUGUGCACUCCCAAAAUAUUGCUCUGAGCACCUUACACUGUGCUAGACUUCUUAACGCUUGCUAGCGAGGGGUCUGGAAGAUGCCGUUCAAUCCACUGGCGGAAAACUGAAGACGUCCACUCAAUCCCUAACAGCCAGAACGAGCUACACAGACGUCGGAGCCGACACGGUGUGAACUAAAACCACUAAAUGUUGUUACAGGAGAUCUGUCUUCCCACCCCACCUCCCACCCCCCACAAACCCUUUUUGAGAAUUUCCCGUCAGAAAGGUCAAAACCAGAGUGCCUUCUUAGGUGGGUAGCAGUGAGUGUCAGGUGGUAAUGAUCUUCUGAAUUUGGGGUAUCGUGCAGCUACUUCCCCACGGAUGGAAAAAUAGCUCAUAAGCCUCUUGAGACGAUGGAGGAGGGUGGCAGCUGUGCUUAAGGACCCCAUCGACUAAAAACAAAAAUUACAAGCUUCUCCUUUAUCUAACGAUCGUCCUUUUCUCUGGACCAAGUUCCCAGUCCUCCUGAGGUUUAUACAAGGGACGAUUUUCCUGUGGGUGACUAAAGGGAAUCCAGAAUUUUCUUCAGCUAGCUGCAUCUUCACUGGUCCAGCAAUGUUACUUUCUGCAGCCUUGGUUACAGAUUCUGCCACCUAAAUCAAACAAACUCUGCAAAUGCUGGGUGUGCAACCUGCUUAGCCAUCUUUCGUCUUUUAUAGAAGCAGCUUUAAAGAAAUGUAUUUUUUUAAUGCACGUUUUAUAUGCAGAAUAUAAAAUUCUAAUAAUACAAAUUAAUGCAGCUAGGGAAAAGAAUGAGAACUAUGAUAAAUAAAGUGAGUGAUGGAGAAGACUGGGGUUGAAUCUUCUAUUUUUCCAGUUGCUUGUCUGCUACAGCCUUCCUCGACCUGCAUCGGGAUUCGUUUUCCAAAAUUCUCUGCUCCUGGAAGAUUUAACCGGUUGGACAGGUAGGAAG